GAGAGACAGACGUCAGAGAGAGAGGGAGAGUAUGCAGCCCGCCGUGCAGAAGUCAAGUGUAUAGGGCAGUGGAUGUAAAUAAACCGUGUACUGUAUCCAUACUUUUCUUAUUCCCACCCCCUUUUUGCCCGAGACAGAGACGGGGCUUGGAUAAUGGUCGGGGGAAAAACAUUAGUGGGGACGCCCAAUAUUAAAUAAUCUGAUAACGUAAGGGGCCUUGUGAAAAUUUUGAUUCAUUCAGAGGAAUUGUUAAAUCCUUGCAGCGUUAAGCCAGAAGACACCGCAGAAAAAAGGAAGGAGAGAGAAGGGUGAGGACCGGGAGCACUGGAGAGCUCGUCGCCGGCUUCCGGACAUUCAGGGCGGCAUUAAAAUCGCAGACGUCGCUCCUGGGGGGACAGCAAGCCAAAUAUAUUAAGUAUUGGACUAAAAUCUUUGGAAGCGGUAGAUUUGGUUUCAGCGAUGUCCAGGAAAGUCCAAAGAACCGAGGUGUGCGCCGACUGCAGUGCACCAGACCCGGGCUGGAGCAGUAUAAACCGAGGGGUUCUGAUUUGUGAUGAAUGCUGUUCUGUGCACCGGAGCCUGGGCCGACACAUUUCCAUCGUCAAACACCUGCGACACAGCGGCUGGCCUCCUUCCUUACUGCAGAUGGUGCAGACCUUGGCCAGUAACGGCGCUAACUCGAUCUGGGAACACUCCCUGCUGGAUCCAGCACAAGUUCAGAGUGGGCGCAGGAAACCAAACCCACAAGAUAAAGUCCACCCCACCAAGUCAGAGUUCAUUCGCGCCAAGUAUCAGAUGUUAGCCUUUGUCCACAAGCUGCCCUGCCGUGAUGAUGAUGGGGUCACUACGAAGGACCUCAGCAAGCAACUGCACUCAAGUGUGCGGACAGGAAGUCUGGAGACGUGUUUACGGUUGCUGUCACUGGGGGCACAAGCCAACUUCUUUCACCCGGAAAAGGGCACGACCCCUUUGCAUGUGGCCGCCAAAGCGGGGCAGGUUCUGCAGGCCGAGCUGCUGGUGGUGUACGGGGCGGAUCCAGGAGCUCCAGAUAUCAACGGCCGGACACCUAUAGACUAUGCCCGGCAAGCAGGGCACGUGGAGCUCGCCGAGCGCUUGGUGGAGUGUCAGUAUGAGCUCACAGACAGACUGGCCUUUUACCUGUGUGGCCGUCGCCCAGAUCACAAGAACGGUCAUUAUAUUAUCCCUCAGAUGGCAGACAGAGCUCGCCCCAAGUGCCCGACGCAGAGCCUGGACCUCUCUGAACUGGCCAAGGCAGCCAAGAAGAAGCUUCAAGCGUUAAAUAACCGCUUGUUCGAGGAGCUGGCUAUGGAUGUGUACGACGAAGUGGACCGUAGAGAGAAUGAUGCAGUGUGGCUGACAACUCAGAACCACAGUACGCUUGUGACCGAACGGAGUGCCGUCCCCUUCUUACCCGUCAACCCUGAAUACUCAGCGACACGCAACCAGGGGCGGCAGAAAUUGGCUCGCUUUAAUGCACGAGAAUUCGCCACCCUCAUUAUCGACAUUCUCAGUGAUGCCAAGCGGCGGCAGCAUGGAAAAGGCCUGACAAGCCCCACAGACCCGCUGGAUCUGAGUCAGGCAGACGAUGACCAGCAUGAUUAUGACAGCGUAGCGUCUGACGAAGACACAGACAGCGAGCUGACCGCACAGAAUAACAACAACACCCACCGCAACAACCGGGCCAAGAGCAUGGACUCAUCCGACCUGUCAGAUGGGCCCAUCACACUACAGGAGUAUCUGGAGGUGAAGAAAGCACUGGCCUCCUCUGAGGCCAAAGUUCAACAGCUCAUGAAGGUCAACAACAACCUGAGUGAGGAGCUGCGGAGGCUACAGAAGGAGAUCACGCGGAUGCAGACGGAGAACAGCGUGCUGCGGGGGGCCCAGGCUGGGGCCGGGGGAGCUCUGACCGGGGGUGGUGGCACAGGGCUGUGGUCCGGUGGGGUAAGGGGUACAGGCAGUGGAGGAGGGGUAGGUGGAGACUCCGGCCUAACCGCACCCUCGUCCGCUCCCCUCCGCCGGGAUAGACAAGCCUUCUCUAUGUAUGAGCCUGUGGGGACCACCCCCAAAGCUCUCACCCCAACCCUGGACCCCCUGACGGGCCGCCUGCUGCCUCUCAGCCCCGUGCGAAGGGGAGGCCCUGCGGGUCCCACCCCCUACGGAGGACCGCACCUGUCAGCCUCCACUGACGGACGAUAUAAUACUCCAAAAGCAGGAGAGAGAUACGGGAGUGGUACUGAUAGUGACUAUGACAACUCUCAAACAUACGAUGUCUCCUUUGGUGUGGGCCGCAGCAGCGAGGAGGACAGCAGGGGGGACGUGGAAGACACAGAGGGUGACCCUGACCCCACACUGCCCUGCACAGAGGACGUCAUCCUCAAAACUGAGCAGGUCACCAAGAACAUCCAGGAGCUCCUGAGAGCUGCACAGGAGUUUAAACACGACAGUUUUGUGCCAUGCUCAGAGAAAAUCCACUUAGCUGUGACAGAAAUGGCCUCGCUGUUUCCCAAGAGACCAGCGCUGGAUGCAGUACGUUCCUCCUUGAAGCUCCUGGGGGCCAGUGCGUCCCGCCUGCAGGUAGAGUGCCGUAAAGCGGCGCCCUCCGACUCGUCGACCAGCACAGUGGACUACCAGCUGCUCACCCAGCAGGUCAUCCAGUGCGCCUACGACAUCGCCAAAGCUGCCAAGCAGCUGGUCACCAUCACUACCCGCGAGAAAAAACAGUGACCAACCGGGCAAAGACUGAGAAACGGGAGAGGAGGAGGACACUAAGUAAAAACUGACGGCUGGGAAUCGUUGGUCAGGUAGAUAGAAAAAUGAUGUGAGGGAACGAAGAUGAGAAAAGAAAAGUCUAAUGUAUGGGUGAUCAAUCCAGCUUUGGCCACCCGGACGCAGAGAUGUGGAAAAUUUGGGAGAAGCCGAAUGGAGCGGCCUGGUUUUCCUUGCACUCCUUUUCUUCUUUCAGUUCUGUUUUUCAGGAGGAUCUUCUCUCGUCUACACAUGACAACACUACACAAGCAGACCCACAACUCAGUGCUGAUGGCUACUGUUUGGUUCUCUUUGUGAAAUACUCAAGCACUCCUAACAUCAGAGAACCUGAAAUGUUCCUCCUGAAUUGUUUAUUUUCAGUUUUUCCUCUCUCUCUCUCUCUCAUUUGAUGUUUUUAAGUGCCGCUCCAUUGGCCUGUUUCUCUUGGGACAAAUGUACUGACUUUAAACAACAACACUGGAGUUAUUUUAAUGACUAUGACUUAUGUUUCGCAUUAUUGUUACCAUUAUUGAUGUCUUCUUUUGAUUUUUGUUUCGGUUUGUCAAGUGGAAAUCACACAGAGCUUUGCGAACAUUAACAGGGGUGAACAAUAACCUGUGAAAACUAACCAGAACACUCCCGUCCUCCAGUGGUAGAACCACUGGUUCACUCACACAGUGUUUUACAAUAUAUACUACAUUCUUUUUUUUUUGUCGAAGUGCGUUGAACACUAGCCAAAGGAGCAGAGGGAAGUGAUGACACUACAGUUGCUGGUCCCUCUUUUUUUUUUUUUUUUUUUUUUUUGAGCACAAAGACAACAGUUGGGGUUGAUGUACAGAAAAGGCUCGCCGGAUCUCAUCCUGGCUCCUCUCAUCUCAUCUCAAUCCCAACAUUAAUGGGUUUUGCUAUCAGAACAAUGCAAAUGUGUUGGCACAAUCAUCACAUUGUCUUCAGCUUAUUAGAUUAGGACAAGACACCAUGUCUUCAUUUUCUGCACAUUAUUGACUGAAUCGAAUGGCCUUCAUCAGUUUAGCGGAGUAAAGACGACUCUUCACUUCAGGACCAGGCUUUUUUUUGUGUGUGUGGUGGUUUUUUUUGUUUUCUAUUUGAGAAUAUUUGAUUUUGAUUUCACGCCGUUCUUUAAAUUUCAUAAUUUUUUUUAAUCAAGCAUAUGUGUUUAUUAAAUGUAAGAAGAUCCUUAUGUUCUAUAAGCUACAAACAUGUGAAUGUUGAUGGUUGAAGAUGACCACUAUCAAUGUUCUCAUCACUAACAUUUCAGAUACAGUCACAGGGAAAACAUGUGAUGUCCAUCUGCUGCAUCAGGACCAGCGUAGUCACAUUCUGUGGCAUAAGUCGGUGUGAUCGCGGUCACUUUGGUGGGGGAAUGACCCCCUUGUUAUAUCGAUGUUCAUGGGAAGAGGAAUUGAACUGGAGCUUCCAGUACCAACGCACAUGUAGAUGAACGUUUCUCCACCUGAGGCUUGAUGCCACAUCUGCGUGUGAGCACGAUCAAGUAUUUGUUGUACAGUCACUUUGCAUUUUAGAUGUCAUGCUAUGGGCCUUAAUCUUCCUGUGGUUUUCCAUAUCGGUUUUACCCACCAGCCUUUUAAGUUAAGCCAUUUUUUUGUUUGUUUUUGCCUUUUGUUUCUUUAACUUGGGGAAUGGGAUAAUGUUUGCGUCCCCUGAAAAUGUGUCAAAAAGAUUGUCUGAAAAUCUCUUAUCAUUGCCUUUGCACAUCUGCUAGACUGAUUUUAAUCUCU